AAAAAAUUGAGGAAAACUUUCGAAAAGUUGACUGAAACUACGGAAAAACUACACGAGAUUAUUCUAACAAGGCCCAAUCUACCUGACAUUUCAUUCAGGAAAGAAGUCCCCAGAAAAGAGGUGAAACCGAUAUAUCACAAUGAGUGCAAUUUCGGAAAUAAAGAUCAUCUGGCACUAAAUGAUGACACCCUUUUCGUUAGAGGAUUUGAUACUUCCCUUCCUAGGCAUGAAAUCAAGAGCGCGUUGUGGAAACAUUUCAGUUCAUGUGGAAAGGUCACAACGGUUUAUGUUCCCAUAGAGUGUGCUACCGGUGCUUCCUUGGGAUAUGCUUUCAUUAAUCUGAAAGAUCAUACCAAGGGGUUUACACUCAGUGGAAGUCUUUUAGGAGGGCGGAAGCUCCAUGUUAUGAUGGCCAAAUAUAGGGAUGAAUUUGGGGGCUAUUCUAACUUUAGAGGUUGUCAACGUUGCCGUAAUUAUCAGCCAUGGCUUGUACACAGAGCCAUAGCCGACUCCUUACUUGAAAAAUACAGGUGGUACACAAACAAAAUUUUCUUUCUUAAUAAUAAAGUCUGUAGGUUAACUUCCCCAUUAUUAAUUCGGGGAUAUUUUUUCUUGCUUUUGAUAAUGUAGGUCUAUGGAGAAACGGCGGACCGUUGGUACUUCCUUUAGCAAGUUUGGUCGUUUUACAGCCAAUAUUGCUCGUUGUUAAAGCUACAUCAAAGUAUCAAUAUGUUUUUAGAAGAAAACUUGUAUUAUGGAUCUUGCUAUUUUUAGUUGCAUACUUUAUGCAUAAAAUCAAAUUAUGAUUUACAAAAAAAAAAGAAAAAAAAGACAUAAAACUAUUGUUGUUACAUUGUUAUGUUUUUAGGAGUUUUUUUUCAAGUAUUUUCUUA